UCAACAAAUUUUAGAAAUUUGUUCGCUGUUGCACGUACAUCAAUAAAAUAAUACAACAAAUGUGAACUGUUGCACGUAUUGAACGGUUAAAUUGUUUUAUUUUUAUUAAAAAUAUAUUAUUUUUACGUUGUUUUACUGUUGUUUUAAAAUUUUAAAAAACCCGCUCAACAUGUCAUUAAUACAGUGUUUGUCAAAAUUGACGUUUCUAAGGAUAUUAAAUUGUGAUCAGUAAUAAAUUAGUGCUGCGGAUUAUAACAAGAGUGAGCUGAUUGACGAAUACAUACAAGCCUCAAGAUGCCACUCAUUGAUAAGGUAAUGAAAAUUCAGAAGAGGCUCAGCAAACAUGCCACAGAAACUGGUUACGAAUCAAAACAAAUCAAAAUGCUGAAGGAGUUGGAAAGAAUGAAUAUUGACGUAGAUGCCCUGACUAAGUCCAAAGUUGGGUUGACUGUCAAUCAAUUAAAAAAGGCUUCGAAGAAUGAGGAAAUACUCACGUUAUCGAAGAAUUUAUUGAAAAACUGGAAGGUGAUUCUCGCCAAAGUUAACAGCAAGGCGUCGCCUGAGGCUUCCCCCAGAUCGGGCAAAGAUGACGAUAAAGAAAACUUGUCCCACGAAAAUAACGCCUUGGAAGUCAGCCAGGAUACUGACCACAAACCCCCUAAGGAGAAACCUAUUAACUCCAAUGAACCAAGCGGCAAAGAGCCGAUCGUCAAGGAACCAAUCGACAGAGUUCAAGUGCCAGUAGUCUCCGCACGUGAUUCCGGCGAUCCUAUACGCGAAAAAUUCAAGGUCAUGCUUGCAAACGCCAUCAAAACCAACUGCAAACCGGAGGACUUCGACGGCUGCGCUUCCGCCGACGAACUGGCUGCCGAACUGGAGAUGGCGAUAUUCGCCGUGUUCAAGAACACCGAAAUGCGUUACAGGAACCGUAUCCGUUCCAGAAUUUCCAAUCUUACGGAUCCCAAGAAUCCAACGUUGAGAACCAAUUUCAGAGUUGGGGCCAUCACUGCCGCCCGUUUGGCCGAGAUGUCGGCCGAGGAGAUGGCGAGCGAUGAGGUCAAGAUGCUGAGGGAUCAGUUCACUAAGGAGGCUAUCAAUUAUCAUCAGUUGGCGACUGCCCAAGGCACCAAGACCGAUAUGCUGAAGUGCGGCAAGUGCAAGAAGAAGAACUGCACGUACAACCAGCUCCAGACCAGAUCAGCCGACGAACCGAUGACCACUUUCGUGUUGUGCAACGAAUGUGGGAACAGAUGGAAGUUCUGUUAAAUUUUCAUUUCUUUCUUAUUUUGUAUAAUGUUCUUCGGAUUAUGAGUUGCAUUUAAUAAAUAGUUUCAAAUCUAA